UAGAUAUAUAAUCGUCGAUCUCUGAUUUUUCACAGAAAUAAAAAACCUUUGAAAUUUCGUAGGCAUUCUGGAAUAUCAUUAUGUUUCUAAUUUUCUUAGCUUUCUCAGUUCUUUUUGUUGAGUAUUCCUCAUCAGGUCGAAUAACCAAUGGUCAACUGGAACCCAUGUGGGGCAUGUGCCCCCCAGGUGAAACCCAUAGUGGGAAACGUUGUGGCGAUCAUUGCGCCGCAACAUGUCAAUCACCUCGACCGAUCCUUUGCACUGCGAUAUGCAUACAAGGAUGUUUUUGUUCGCCCGGUCUUAUCAGAGACGAAAUAUCUGGAAAAUGUGUUAGUCAGUGUCCGGUGAAGUUUGUUGGUCUUUAAUUGUACUAACGACAAAUAAAACUAUUUCAAUUUUCAA